AUGAACUGGCUGUCUUUGCCCCCCGAGUUACGCAACAAUAUCCUCCUCCAGCUAUCACGCAUCAAUAAUACAGGAAUCUAUGCCUCCGUCUCCACUGAAUGGCGGCGAUUCCUGGAGAAGUCGAACUUUAAGCACCUCAGACUACAUCAGGAUUGCCUUGAGUUUCUCGAUCAGCUUUCUGAAGAACAAACGGCGCAGAUUGAUCAUAUUUGGCUCAACAUAGAGCUCACAACUUACACCUGUAGGGUUUGCCGAAAGUGGGAAUCACUAACACAGACCGACACAAAUGACCGUGUCAUAAUAUGCGCAGUUGUCAGAUUGUUCUCGAUCCUCGCAAAGUGGAAGCAUGAUGAAAAACGACACUUAACGUUGGAGCUGAAUGCCUACUCCCCAAGUGACUCGGCGCAUUGGUUCAAAGAUUGUUCUUUCGGUGCUCCUGCAGAAGACAAGUUCGAGGUUGUGGCUAGGUCCAGAGACUUUCAUGAUCUAAAACAUGGAUGGUGGCGAGGUCGUGUCUGGGAACACCCCCCGAACAGAGCAAUAGGACGGCCAUUUGUACCAUCCGAAUCUCUUAAUUUCGAGAAACGGGGAGAGCUUCCUUUGGUCAAGGUGGUCACAAAGUUCGUGCUUCGGCGGCAAUGCCGCCGCCAACUGAAACCAACGGCUCUAUUACAGCUUUGGUCAGCACUUCCCCGGCUGGAAGAAAUCCGAUAUGAGCCUUGGCAGCUAGGGGAAGGUCCCUUGCAGCUCCCAUGGGAUUUAUUUUAUGGAGGGAUGAUUAGUGAGCUUCCCAAAAGUGUUAAGAAGGUCACAGUAUUUGAGGAUUUCAACGAGAAUUACCUUGAUCUAUUACAGCUUGGUCGAGGGCAUGAUCCACAUCAUAACCCUGACCGGGUCCGUCAGCCGAGUUUUCAUGUCGGAGCUGUAUUCGCCACGAGAAGUCGAGAGGGACUAGAAUACCUUUCAGUCGCAUUACUCGUCGAUGCUCGUCAUUUCUUUGAUGUUUGUGAUAAAAAUCCACAUUGGCGAUGGGAUACAUUAAAGUCUUUGACUUUGACCUCCCGAGUGAUGUGCAAGGACGAGCCCGACGAGACCAAUGUCCUUCUGACGACAGCAGCACAUGUCGCACAAAGGAUGCCGAAACUCGAGACCAUGACCCUUUGGAACGGGUCGAGAGGCGAGGCUUGUUCUUUCACCUACAGCCGACAUCCCGAAGAUAUAUAUGCCUCUGUCACGUGGUGA